CCGACAUUUCCGUUUCUCCCCCUCCGUUCGUUCCUUCCCCAUCAACACAACACCAUGCAGUACAUGGCAGCACUCUAUUUUACUGAUUAUCCACCGUGCCUUCCCUGUUAAAACCUGCCACUGCGUCACUCCCUCACCCACCCGCCUCCCAUUUCCUACUAGCGUCUUUCCCGCCCGAACAGCUUCCUUUCUUCCUCUUUCGCUCUUUCUUCCCUUCCUUCCUCUCCUCUCCUCUCUUCUUCCCUUCUUCUCUCUUCUCGCUUCCUCUCUCUCUCUCACCAUCUUCCACAUCACAUCACUUCACAUUGUAGUCCCUUGAUCAUCUUAAUUGAAACCAAGCGUAUCAAUCUGAGAGUAUCAAUUCUGCUUUCGAGCCAAUCUCAAUUCAGCUCUACACAAUCCCAUCAUCCUGCACAACCCUCCCCCGCGCAAACAUGCUCACCACCUCAAUCUUCGCUGUCGCCCUCGCGGCUGGCUCCGCCAUCGCCCAGACCACCACCACAGGCUCCACGGGCACCACCGCCCUCAACUUCACCUACAUUGACAUCGCUAACGUCGAUCCCCAGGAGGCUGCUUCCUGGUGCAUUGGUGAGCGCACGGGCUGCCAGACCCUUUGCGAUGGCAACGCCCCAACGAACGACUGUGAUGCCCAAAAAUUGACCUACAAGUGUCUCUGCGAGGACGGCUCCACCCCCGAUCUCGCCAAGUACAAGAACACCCUGCCCGACUUCGUCUGCCAGGCCAACUUUGCCGGCUGCAUCAAGGCCCACCCCAACGACGCCGUCGGACAGGGCAACUGCAAGACGGAGAUCCAGGACACCUGCGGCACCCUCAACAUCACCGACUACAAGUCGGGCUCCGGUUCCGGCAGCAGCAGCGGUUCCAGCAGCGCGUCCGAGACGAGCUCCCCCUCCUCCACCGGUGGCUCCAGCGGUGCCGGUGGCGCCAGCGAGACCACGGGUGGGUCGACCCCAUCCAGCACCUCGGGCUCUGGCGCAGCUGCGUCCACCAGCAAGGCUGCCGCUGUGGCAAAUGGUAUGGACAUCAGCGCCGGUGUCCUCGCCGCUGGUCUCUUCGGUGUCUUCGGCUACAUCUUGUAAGCGUUGACGCGCACACAUCUCUGCUCGAGCGAGCAAUGCUACUCUUCUACGAAACAUCCGAUCCCCUGCGCACCCGCCCUUAUGUCCUGGCUCAUGAUCCCUGAGCGAUGCCGUACUGUUUGCAUUGCGAUAGCAUGGUGUUCUGGUGCGCUUCUUCUUUGAUCGUUGGACUGUUUUUCUGCUGGUUCGGGGCUUUAUUUUUACGAGGUACUUUGCGUGCUGCGCGUGGCACGAUCUAAUUAUGUGGGGAGAGUCUUGAUGGCUGGAUGGAUAUGGCUUGACGACCGUAUGUGGAGGGGAGUGGGCUGUGCAUUUCUGCGCGGUGAGUGCGAGUGUACUGAUUGCGUGGCGUGCCGGUUUUAUAUCUGCGGUUGAGCGAAUGGACGGGGGUGAUGUUAUUGCUUUGACUGUUAUGAGGGAGAAAAGGAUGGAGAGUGUAUACAGUUAGUACUCGCUGGUGGUAGACGACGAAUUCUUCACU